AUGUAUCGACAUUGCCUGGAACGUUUCGGACCGGAGGGUACAGAGGGCAAGGGCCUGAUCGAAGUGAGAUUCGAGCACAAAGUCGUAGGGACAGGACAGGACGAAAACCAGGCUUGGGUAGACGUCGAGAUCGGGCAAGAGGCCCGAAAGGAGAGGAUAUCAGCAGACUACGUCGUCGGCUGCGACGGCGCCAGCUCCGCCGUCCGUCGAAGCCUCUUUGGAAAAGAAUGGCCCGGCAAAACUUGGGACUGCCGCUUCGUCGUGCAGAACGUCUUUUACGAUGGCUUCGAGAAACACGGCUGGGACGGUGGGAACUACAUGAUCGACAAGGACCACUGGGGCCUCAUUGCCAGACGCGGCCACGGAGGGCUCUGGCGCGUGACGUAUGGCGAUUCGGCCGUUGGUCUCACGGAUGACGAGUACCUCGCCCGGAGAGCAUGGCAUUUCAAGGCGAUGUUACCGGGCCACCCAGACCCGGACGAGUACCGGAUCGAGCAGACGAACAUGUACAACAUCCACAACCGCUGCGUGCCCUCCUUCAAGGUAGGGAGAAUCCUCCUGGCAGCUGAUUCGAGUCACGUGGUCAACCCGAUGGGAGGAUACGGCUGUAUGACAGCGUGUCUCGACGUCGGUGGACUGGCCGAUUGUCUGAUAGGAUACCAUACGGGCCAGGCCGGCGAAGACAUCCUGCAAACGUACGCCGAUGUGCGGCGGGAGAUUUUCCUCAAGUACGUCGAUGCUCGCAGCGUGAAGAACCUCGAACGGGUCAGCCAGACGGAUCCGUGGACGGUGUUGGAGACGGACAAGUUCUUCGGCAUCAUUAAGGAGUUGAACCAGGAUCCGUGUAAGGAGAAGUUGAAGGAGUUUUUAUUGAAGAGGUAG